AUGCUCAUCAAGCCCCCUCCACCAGCCGAAAAGAAAUCUAACCUGGAGGAGCUGAUAAUGAAGUUUGUCACGUUAACAGAGACGAGAUUCCAGCAGACAGACAGUGCCCUUAGAAAUCAGCAGGCAUCCAUCCAGAAUUUAGAGAGUCAAAUUGGGCAAAUUUCUAAGAUGCUGUCUAAAAGGCCACAAGGAUCGCUCCCUAGCACAACAGAGUCAAACCCUAGGGAGCAUUGUAAGGCUAUCACCUUGCGGUCAGGUAAGCAAUUGUCUAGCUCUCUACCUUUAGGUGAUGAUGAGGAUGUUUGUAUGCAGGAUAAGCAAGCUAGGCAGGAGCCAGAGCCUGAGACAAUGGGAGGAGAAAAGGUUGAAGACAGGCAGAAGAGCCUUGUGAGAGAGUACCAGCCACCAGUCCCCUACCCUGCUCGACUUAAGCAAGAGAAGGUUGAUAAGCAGUUUGAUUUUGUAGAUAUGGAUAUGGAAGGUGAGAGUAUUGUACCUUUAAUCCUAGGUAGACCCUUUCUUGCAACAUCUAGGGCUGUAAUAGAUGUUUGUGAUGGAAAGCUUAAACUUAGGGUAGACGAUGAGACCAUUACCUUCGACCUAGCGACUACUAUGAGACACUCUUUAGACUAUGAUGAUGUUGUAUUUUCUAUUGAUAUUGUGGAUAAUUUGGUUGAGUCUCACUUACAGGAAAUGUUACUUGAUUAUCUUUUGCAGGUAGCCUUGCAAGGAGAGGAGGAGGAGUUGUCCAACGAACAAGUGUUGGAGCAGCUCGCUAGUUUAUUGGCUAUUGAGCCUAGCUAUUCUACUGAUCCUUUUCUUUCUCUUGACGGGUCAGAAGUGCGGAAAGUGAAGUCUUCUUUUGAGGACCCCUCAGUCUUAGAAUUGAAGGAGCUGCCUAAGCACUUAAGCUAUGGAUUCUUGGAUGAGGAAGAAAAGUUACCGGUGAUUAUUACAGCAGAUUUAACACCUGAAGAGCGAGCAAAAACUCUAGAUGCUCUCAGAGACCAAGAGAAGACAAUUUUCACCUGCCCUAUGGGACAUUCGCUUAUAGACGGAUGCCUUUUGGCCUAUGCAAUGCGCCGGCUACGUUUCAGCGGUGAGUUCAACAUUAAGAUUAGAGAUAAGAAGGGCGUAGAAAAUUUGGCAGCAGAUCACCUAUCCAGACUGGAGAAUCCGAGCUUGGAUGCACUUGAUGAGAGCACGAUAGAUGAUCAAUUUCCAGAGGAGCACUUGUAUUCAUUAAAGGAUGCUAGAACCUUUGUUCAGGUUUGCGACACUUGUCAGCACUCAGGUAAUAUCUUUGCCUGUAGUGAGAUGCCCCAAAACAGUAUGCAGACAGUUGAGAUAUUUGACAUUUGGGGUAUUGACUUCAUGGGACCCUUCCCUUCCUCAAAUGGUAAUAAGUAUAUCCUAGUGGCUGUUGAAUAUUUCUCUAAAUGGUUGGAGGCGCGGGCCUUACCUACUGACGAUGCUAGAGUUGUUUGUAGGUUCCUUAAAAAGUUAUUUGCUAGGUUCGGCACACCUAGAACGCUAAUUAGUGACAGGGGAAUGCAUUUCUGCAACGCUCAAUUGGAGAAGGCACUCAGGCGCUAUGGUCUAACACAGCGGUUCUCCACUCCCUAUCACCCACAAACCAGUGGGCAAGUUAAGGUAAGGAAAGACAGUGGCAAUUGGGUGAAUUGGAGGAAUAGCGUCAACAAGCAUAUGAAAACUCCUCAAUUUACAAGGCGAAGACAAAGAAGUGGCAUGAUUAGAGGCUCAAAGUUGUGCCUAGGGAAGCUCAGAAGUCAAUGGUUGGGGCCCUUUAUGGUUAAGCAAGUUUUCCCAUAUGGCACAGUCGAGUUUCAUCAUCCCGAGAAAGGUGACUUCAAAGUCAAUGGACAUAGGCUCAAGGUGUAUCACGGAAACUCAUUAGAGACUAAGCAGUGGAUUAACAUGAUUCUAUACUUGCAACGAUGA